ACGAGAUGAUCAGCCCUAGUGCUGCAGCAAAAUGCUGGAUGGACACCUCCUUCUGGGAUGGCUCUCCUCCUGCGCGCUCCUAGUGCUGCUGGGCGGCGCCCCGGGACCCUCCGCCGCCUACUUCGGGCUGACUGGGAAUGAACCUCUGACCAUCCUCCCUCUGACUUCGGAAAUGGAGGAAGCUGCCGUCAAGGCCCAUUACAAAGUGUGCGACCGCCUGAAGCUGGAGAAGAAGCAGCGCAGGAUGUGCAGGCGGGAUCCAGGGGUGGCCGAGACCCUCGUGGAGGCCAUCAGCAUGAGUGCCCUGGAGUGCCAGUACCAGUUCCGCUUUGAACGGUGGAACUGCACCCUCGAGGGGCGCUACAGAGCCAGUCUGCUGAAGAGAGGUUUUAAGGAGACAGCCUUCCUUUAUGCCAUUUCCUCGGCCGGGCUCACCCACGCCAUGGCCAAGGCCUGCAGUGCUGGGCGCAUGGAGCGCUGCACCUGCGACGAGGCCCCCGAUCUAGAAAACCGAGAGGCCUGGCAGUGGGGAGGCUGUGGUGACAACCUCAAGUACAGCAACAAGUUUGUCAAGGAGUUCCUAGGGAAGAAAUCCAACAAGGACCUGCGAGCCAGGGUGGACUUUCACAAUAACCUUGUGGGCAUGAAGGUCAUCAAAGCUGGUGUGGAGACUACUUGUAAGUGCCAUGGUGUGUCCGGAUCCUGCACUGUCCGAACCUGUUGGCGGCAGCUCUCUCCGUUCCAUGAGAUCGGCAAGCAGCUGAAGCAGAAAUAUGAGACGUCACUCAAAGUGGGCAGCACCACGAAUGAAGCCACAGGGGAAGGGGACAUCUCGCCACCCAAGAAAUCCGCCCCUGGCCACAGCGAUCAAAUCCCAAGGACUACAGAUCUUGUCUACAUUGACGAUUCCCCUAGUUUCUGCCUGAUGAGCAGGUAUUCGCCUGGGACUUCAGGAAGGAAAUGUUACAAGGACAAGAACUGCGAGAGCAUUUGCUGCGGCCGAGGUCACAACACACAGAGCAGGGUGGUCACACGGCCGUGCCAGUGCCAGGUUCGCUGGUGCUGCUACGUAGAGUGCAAGCAGUGUACUCAAAGAGAAGAAGUUUAUACCUGCAAAGACUAAUGCAUGCUCUGUCUAAUGGAGAUCCUUGGUGGUGGGAGAUUAUGAUCUGAGAACUACACAUGGAGACAAACAGGGUUUGACUGACAUUCUAGGAUCUGAAAGCUAUGUUGAGACAUAAGCACUUUGUAGGGUACAGGUGACCCAGCUGUGUUGCUUUUUUUGUUUUGUUUUUUUUCUGUAGACUGAAUUUUAACCAUGAGGUCCAAUCGUGUGGAAAUAAGUGCCUGUCACAUUGGGGUUAGGUACCAGUAGACCCUCACCAAAGCCAUCCAUGAACCCAUCAGCUUGAUAGAUCACUCACUUCUCAUGAGGUUUUGAUUAUUUCACCAAUCCUGACUGUCCAGACAGCCAAGCAAAUGAAUGAGAGAAACUGACUUAGGAUCUUUUUGCCUUGAAACUUUGUGGCUCCCUAAAGAUAGGGGGUGGGUUAAGCAUAGAGCACCAAUUGUUCCUCUAGUGGAAUUUCUGCAGAUCUAGCCUAAAAAGCUCUGACAAAGGGCUACCCUCAAAAAUUAGUGUGGUUUUUUUUUUUUUUUGUUUGUUUGUAUUUUUUUGGAUCCAUGGACAUUGCUUCAGCAAUGUUGGGGGUCCCUCCAGCUUGCCAUGCUGCAGACAACAAAGAUUAGGAAGAGUUCAAAGACACCCCUGCCCCCCUUCAGCCUGAUUGGACACUCAUCUUCACAUGUUCGUCAGAUGCAGGUUUUUUUUAGCGUGAUCACUGUCUUAAAUAAAACCACUAGAAGACCUUUCACUUUUUGUUUUGUAUAGGGUUAAUUUCUUUCAUCUCUUGUUGAUUAGAAUCACCCUGUGGCAGCUGCUUCAAAAACCCAAACGAGGGCUCUUUAGCCUUAUCUAGGCUGAAUUCAAAUGUGUAUCUUUUUUUUU